UGCAGUGACACUGCAAUGGCUGAGGGGCGGCUGCUGUAUCUUCGCAAUGAGCUCAUUCUCCCCGGAGGGAGCAGGAUUUACAGUGCAUCACCCAGCAACUGCAGCCUUCUGGUGAAAUUCAUCUUUAGCUUCUCCUCAGUUAGGCUGGUCUGAUUCUUCACUUUGGGGGUGUGUACAUGGGACUAUCUCCCCAUCUGAGAUCAUGCCGGAGGGCUCGCACUUGAUUCCAUGAGAUUUUGGACCUCCAGCCCCCAUCAGGACUGCCCUCGUCGAGCAGAUGUUUGUGGGAGAGGAAUGGUGUUAAUCCCCAGUGCUGUCGCCUUCGCUGCCCUGUACCGUUAAGCCUCUUUACUCGUGCUUGGACCGGGAAUAGCGCUGCUCUGUUGUGGUUUUGACGAUGAGUCAGGAUGAAUAAACCGAUGCAUUGAAGGUCAUCGUGCAAAAAGAUUGUUAUCCACAUUAAUAAGGCAAGUAAGAAAAUGUAGUGGGACGGAGGCAAAGAGGAGAAGCCCCGAGCGAGCGCUGGGACGAGGGCCUCUGGGCAGGACUCCCCUCGCUGCCACGCAGCCUCACCAUGUCCAAGAAGGGCACCAGCAGCCGAGCUCGGGGGGAGAAGCCGGAUGCCUUGGCCGCCUUGCAGGCUGCCAAUGAAGAGCUCAGGGCCAAGCUCACCGACAUCCAGAUAGAGCUCCAGCAAGAAAAGAGUAAGGUCAGCAAGUUGGAAAGAGAGAAAAAUCAGGAAGUUAAGCAGAUCAAAGAGCACGAACAGCAUAAAAGUACAGUGGUGGUAACAGAGCUCAAAGUCAAACUUCAUGAAGAGAAAAUGAAGGAGCUGCAAGCUGUUCGAGAAGCGCUUUUGAGACAGCAUGAAGCUGAACUACUUAGAGUAAUAAAAAUUAAAGAUAAUGAAAUCCAGAGACUACAGACCCUUCUCAAUGCUGUACGCGAUGGGGCUCCUGACAAGGUGAAAACGGUGCUGCUCACAGAGGCGAAAGAGGAGGCCAAGAAAGGGUUUGAAGUUGAGAAAAUAAAAAUGCAGCAAGAAAUUUCAGAGCUGAAGGGGGCUAAGAAACAAGUGGAAGAAGCUUUAACUAUGGUCAUCCAAGCUGACAAAAUCAAAGCAGCCGAGAUAAGGAGCGUGUAUCACCUGCAUCAAGAGGAAAUCAACAGAAUUAAGAGGGAGUGUGAGAGAGAAAUUCGUAGACUGAUGGAGGAGAUUAAAUUUAAAGACAGAGCAGUCUACGUGCUGGAGAGAGAGUUAGGGGUUCAAGCCGGGCAUGCUCAGAGACUGCAGCUCCAAAAGGAGGCUUUAGAUGAACAACUUUCCCAGAUCAAAGAGGCCGAUCGGCAUCUGAGCAGCCCCAAGCGGGAACUUCCUUAUGCAAGUGGUGCAGGAGACGCUUCAGAUCAUUCGGGAAGCCCCGAACAGCAGUUGGAUGAAAAGGAUGCCCGGCGUUUCCAACUCAAAAUUGCUGAGCUGAGUGCCAUCAUCAGGAAGCUGGAGGACCGGAACGCGCUGCUGUCGGAGGAGAGGAACGAGCUGUUAAAGCGUCUUAGAGAAGCUGAAAGUCAGUAUAAGCCCAUUUUGGACAAAAAUAAACGCCUUAGUAGAAAGAAUGAAGAAUUGUCACAUGCCUUACGUCGAAUGGAAAAUAAAUUAAAAUUCGUAACUCAAGAAAAUAUAGCAAUGAGGCAAAGAGCUGGAACAAUAAGGAGACCGAGCUCUUUAAAUGACCUUGACCACAGCCAGGAAGAAAGAGAAGUUGAUUUCCUGAGACUACAAGUUAUUGAACAGCAAAAUAUCAUCGAUGAACUCUCCAAGACCCUGGAAACUGCUGGCUACGUGAAGAGUGUCAUGGAACGUGAUAAGCUGUUGAGGUAUAGGAAGCAAAGGAAAAAAAUGACAAGAAUUCCUAAGAAGCCGGUUGUGGAGACGUUUUUUGGCUACGAUGAAGAAGCUUCCUUGGAGUCUGACGGUUCCUCCAUCUCGUAUCAAACUGACCGGACAGAUCAAACCCCUUGCACUCCUGAAGAUGACUUGGAAGAGGGCAUGGCCAAGGAAGAGACAGAGCUGCGGUUUCGGCAGCUGACGAUGGAGUACCAGGCUCUGCAACGAGCGUACGCCCUAUUGCAAGAACAGGUCGGAGGAACAUUGGAUGCAGAACGAGAAGUUAAGACACGUGAGCAGCUCCAAGCGGAAAUCCACCGAUCCCAGGCGCAGAUAGAAGACCUGGAGAAGGCUCUUGCUGAGCAGGGGCAGGACAUGAAGUGGAUUGAGGAGAAACAAGCGUUGUACAGAAGAAAUCAAGAACUGGUAGAAAAGAUAAAACAAAUGGAAGCCGAGGAAGCUCGCUUGAAACAUGAUGUCCAGGACGUUAAGGAUCAAAAUGAGCUCCUGGAGUUCAGGAUCCUGGAGCUUGAAGAGAGAGAAAGACGAUCACCUGCCAUCAAUUUCCAUCACGGUCCUUUUACAGAGGGGAAAAGCCCUCUCCAGGUCUACUGCGAGGCAGAAGGUGUAACGGACAUAGUAGUAGCAGAGCUGAUGAAAAAAUUGGACAUUUUAGGGGAUAACGCCGUAAGUAAUCUGAGCAACGAAGAGCAAGUAGUUGUCAUACAAGCAAGGACAGUUCUCACGCUGGCUGAAAAGUGGCUACAGCAGAUAGAGGUGACGGAGUCUGCGCUGCAGCAGAAGAUGCUGGAUCUUGAGAAUGAAAAGGAGCUCUUCAGCAAGCAGAAGGGCUACCUGGAUGAUGAGCUCGACUUCAGGAAACAGUCCUUGGACCAAGCUCACAAGCAAAUUCUGGAAUUAGAAGCCAUGCUCUAUGAUGCCCUGCAGCAAGAAGCUGGAGCCAAAAUUUCCGAACUUCUUUCAGAAGAGGAGAAAGAGAAACUGAAGAGCGCCGUAGAGCAAUGGAAGCGGCAGGUGAUGAGUGAGCUCCGGGAGAGGGACGCCCAAAUCCUGCGAGAAAGGAUGGAGCUCAUCCAACACGCACAGCAGAGAAUUAAAGAGCUAGAAGAAAGAAUUGAAGGCCAAAAAAGACAAAUAAAAGAGUUAGAGGAAAAGCUUUCAUUCUUUGGUCAUAGUCCUUCAGGCCACACACAAAAGCCAACGGAGGGAGCUAGAAUUGCUUCUACUGUCACUGACAGGAAGACAGCACUGAUUACCGAGACACAAAAAGAGACAUUGCCAUUUCAAAAACUCCAAAUAUCUCUCACAUUUUGCUACCGGCGAUGGAAGGUGCAAUCUUUCUCCUCCUUUCAGACUGAAGCUGAACUAGGGGACGUGGAAGUCUCUGCACAGGUGGCGCCUGCACCACUGGCCCCUCUGACCGAGCAUUUUGAAAAGCUAGAACUAAGCUGACACAGAAGAAAGCCAAAAACCCCCUCCCUCCCCUCCAGCCACAGGCUCCUUCCCGGAGUCCUGGCUCUGCUGCUUGAACUAACUUUCAGUGGAAGUCCUGGCUCUGCUGCUUGAACUAGCUCUCAGCUUCACUGGCGGAGCAGUAUACUAAUUCAGAUAAACUGAAUAGAUUUUGGUUCCCUGCUAAGCAGGUAGUACAUUGCUUCUCUGUAGAAGUGCCCGUGUCCUGUUUUAUAUGUCACGCAUUUAUAUUUGUUAUGCAUAGUUAUUUAAAAAUCUGUCUUGGAAGAAGAUUUUAGGAAGAGUUCCAGAGGAGUAAGUCACAAAAAGAUAAACGUGAAUGAAAAUGAAGUGUUUUGUUCCAAGGUAUUUCUUCAUAGCACAGGGUAUGGCCAAUGGUUGGUUGAACGUCCCGCAAGCCCAGUUUUAGGGAAAAACCUGAAGGUUUUUUGAGGUAUGUUUGAAGCCUCCAGGAAAUCAAGUUUUAAUUUUGGGGGAAGUUUUCAGUAGACCGUGGCCCACAGCACGAUGAGAAAAAUGGCACAAUAAUUUAUAAUUUGCUGUCCCUAAAUGACGAGAAAAGACUUAACACUGUCCCAACAAAAAGAUCAACCCAAAAAAGAGUGAAUGGAAAACACGUCAUCCCUGAGCCGCACGCUCUGGGCUCGGGCAGGCAGCCAUAGGCAACAGAAGAUGUUACCUUGGGACAAGGGAGCACAAGGACCGCAGAGCCCGAGCCCUGGAGGUGGCGCAGGAGCCAGGAAGGAGAAAUGGAUCCUCCAGAAAGACAGGUGAAGGAGGGAAAAUCCGGAAGAAAUCCCACCAGUGUGAGUCACCAUAUGGGAGCUGCAGCCGAGCGCGAGAACCCGGGGCUGGCGAGAAGGGGCAAGAACACGCUGCCGUCCACAGCUUCCCAUGGCUGCGGUGUCACCAAGGUCCCCGAGGGCAGGACGCGGGUGGGAACUGCCCCUCCCUUGGCAGCACGGGGCAGGAAGCGAAACCAGAGCUGCGGACAGAGUAAGCGAACGGCAGCCCCCCAGGCAGUGCCCCAGACAGCACCGAGGUGAAUCUGAAGUGGCAGCGGAGGGGACCUGCCGUCAGCGCCCAGCGCCCCUGUUUGCCGCCACAGAAACUCCUUGUGGCCACCUUGCCCUGCCCCCGCGCUGCUGCCCGCCUGCUCUUCGCAGGGACACGCUGCCGCGUGCAACAGCGGCAUCUUCACAUUUCGAUGGUAUUUCCUCUUGAUUUCUCUAAGUUCCGUGUCUUUUUAGGAAUUGCUUAUUGAAAUUCUUGAGGUUUUAUUUUCCACGUGUGAGUGGUGGAGUCCCCGUCUCAAGGGCUCACUGCAGAGGGAGGGAAGAGCCCCCCAGCCUGCGGGAAGGGUUUAUUCAUCCCCCCGCACCGGGGAAGAGGGGGAUUCGAUGUACUGGUGAGCUCUGGGGGGGGAGAAGGGAUGGGGAUGGGGGUUCCUCGUCCCUUCUGGCCAUUGGCUGAACUAUUCUGCUCUCCAUGUGUUUGCCCUAGAAAUUCCCCUUCUGCCUGAGGUUGGUCUCUUGGCCAAGUGUAAAAUAGAAAAUGAUGAAGAACGGUCCAAGAAUGGAGCAGACGAAGGGAUGGCCCAGCUCGACGGCAGCCACCCUUUCCCCUAAGGGUGUCAUGUCCUUCCCUGCCAUCUCUCCUCACUUCAGGAGGUCGAAUUUGGCUCCGUGGGUCAUUAACUUGUCUUCUCCAUGGCCCAGCUCCUUUCUCUGUCCAUUAUACCGACAUUGAACUAUCGGUAGGGACCAGCUGUCUCUGAGGUAGCCAGUACUGCUGCGUGGUCUCGUUGAUGUCCCCGUGCCUGGCAGGAGAAUUCAGCAUCGUUGCCCCGGUGGCCAACGGGGCUGUAUAUCCAUGUGGGCUGGCCUGAACCCUGGCGUUGGAAACGGAGGGGGGGAUCAUUCCUGCUUGGAGGGCAUGUCCUGCCACCCAGUUAGACAGCCUUUACCCGCUCUCUGUCAGCUCAGAAAUUUAGCUAGAUCUGUCUUAGGCUUUUUUUCCGUCAGUUCCCGGUAGGAGGAUGAUCUGUACGCCUCCUUGGAAGUAACAAUUAUCAAACAAAUGGCCGGAUUGCUACUUAGUGACUGCAACGCAGAGUGGCAGUGUCUCCGUGUGCUGCACGUCACUGCUCAUGCACUCACCCUCUCUCGGGGUCCCCAUCCCCAGCACUGCCACGUCCCAGGAAUUCACCUGCAGCAGUGGGAUGCUCCGAAGGGGAGGGAUGUGGGCGCUGGGGGAGGCGGCGUUCAGGAACAGUGGCCUCGGAAGUUGCGUGAAAUUAGGGCAAAUUUUAAAUUCAUCAUUCAUCAUUAUCAUCAUGAUGUUCUGUGUUACCUGAAAACUAAUAGUAUUGCUUAAGAAAAAUGAAUAAUAUAAUGUAUGGUACAGCAUUUAGACAACAGUACAUUUAACAUUUAAUAAGUUAUCUUUUUUUUUUCAGAGAAAAACCAGCAAUUGGAUAAGUCUACUCCAACUGUAGACUUAUUUGAGAGCUACUUAAGGCAAUCUAGCAAACCCCAUGACGUGCAAAUGUUGUGGUGCUUGGGACUAAAAGCCACGUGUUGGAGAGAGAAUCCCGGCUGUAGUUAACCCUUAUAUCUGUUUUGUUCCGUAGGUACCUGCACCACUUCCAAACCUUGUGUCGCGUUUAGAAAGCUACAAACAAAAUCCCCUGAUACUGAAAGUCUAAAAACUCUCCAGAUAUUGUACAUCAAUCGACUGCUUUAAACCGGACGGUGUAAACAGCAAAGGGAGCUAAACUACAAUAAUGUAUGAAAAUGAGUUGUUAAGGAAAGUGUUGUAUUUGUACUGAAGAAAUGUGACGUUUUAAGUCAAAGGGUGUGGGUUUUGAUAUCAGCAUGUGAUUAUGUUAUAGAAGUAAUUUAACAAAGUCCAAUUCUACCAGAUACCAACAUCAGGAUUACAUUGAGGAGCUACAUUCUUACUUCUGCAUUUCAUGCUAAAAACAUUGUUAAAGCCUAAGUGUCCGUUUUCAGUUCUACUUAAAUACUUCAUGUCUUAAAAUACUUUAUUUCUCGGAGGAGCUGCAGACAGCCGUUGAGGUGCCCGCCUGCAGCGUGGGCUCCACUGGGCUCUGCGGGAAAAGCGCCCGAACCAAAGGAGCUGCCGGGGGCCGAACCCCAGGGCCUGCCGGGGGCUGGCAACGGUGGCCACAGGCGCGUUUGGCAGUGGCCUGGACCCGUUUCGUCGCUGUUCAGGCAGGCCGUGCUUCUGCACGUUGUGUGGAUGUGUCUGGAAUUUCAGUUACGUUUUCCCAUUAAUCACGUUUUUUUAAUUUAAAAGCCAACUGUACAGGACAGGUACAUGUGUAAAUAAGGGAUUAUGCUUAUGUAUAUGUUAAUAUUUAUAUGUAAAAAGGUAUGUACAUAGGAAAGAAAAAAAUGGCUCAAAGAAUGUUUUCGAAACUGUUUAUUUCUUACAAAUGCACAGACAGGAAAUUCACGUAAAUAUGCUCCUUAAUUUCAACAUAGGGGUUUUCGCUCAAUUUCCAGUCACUUUGUGUUUGAUCCCGCUGGGGUUUUGUACGAAGAGUUUGUGCUAUGAGUCCUUGAUGGUGGCAGGGAGCCAUUCUGGCGACGCUGCCACCCUUCACCCGUGAGAUGAGCUGGGAGAGAUCUCGGUUGCUGCCUGCUCACCUCUGGGUCUUGCGCUUCUGUUCCAAACCCGGUCUCAAAGCCAGAGGACCGCGGGGGGGAGCGUUACCCUCGUCUGGGGCUCUGUCAUAAGGCUUUCUCCCGCAGCCCAUCCGUCCCCCGCUGCAGGUGUACAUCAGCAGGGGAAGGUGGGGGUCACCGCCCGGGUGGCGAGCUGGCGAGCGCCCGCUCCUCAGGCAGGGGCUGCCGACCACUCCAGCUUCUCCCCUGUAAGCACUGCGUAGAAGUUCCCCAGCUGCCCUCCAAAUAACGACAAGAUGGGGCCCGAUGACCCGAGUGUCUCACUGGUGCGUUACCGAUACACCCCGGUGGCUACGUUUAGCCCCCAAGAGUCAGAGCAGCGGGUGCGUUGGGUCACGCACGCAGGGUCUCCAAAGGAGCACCGGAGCGGCUGGACCUCCCUGCCCAGGUCCCGUGGCCGCAGUGGCACCGGCCGGUGGCCACAUCCCCAGAGCAACACGUCUAAACUGAAAUCCGCUGGAACUGCAGCUGGUGCCACCCACCGCGCGUUGUGUCCGUCAGGCCCGGCCGCCCUGUUCAAGCUGUUGGAGGACUGUGGCUGUUAUUGACAGAAUUCUGCUCUAGUAAUACCUGUAGCCUUCAGUGCAUCCCCGAGUGCCUUACACAGCUUGCGGACAACACUCCUGACCGUGAGGAGAAAACGCACCCGAGCGUCCCUCGCGGGGAGCGACGCCACCUCCCUUUGCGUCCCGGCGGGCAGCGUGCGUCAGCACAGAACGGGAUUUAGUUUAGACUCAGGAAAUCGUAUUGUGAAUAUGUGUAUUAAACCCUGUACUUAUCUAUUGUACAUUUUAUAAAAAGGAACUAUUGUAAACUUAUGCAAAAUGUAAACCAGAAAAAAUUUUUCCUUUUUUUUCCCAAUGGCCGGUGUGCCGUGACUUGUGCUCUCUAAUAUAAUCCUAACAACCAUAUCCUAAAUACGUAAUGUUUGGUUCAGUGCUGAAGCAGUAAUUGACAGGCCUAAAAUAGGGCUGGAUCGAUCAAUUACAGAAUUUUACACAUAUUUUUGUAUUGUGAUUCAUAUGAUAUCUAUCAAGAGACUUUCUAUUCAUUUGUAAA